AGGUAGUUGGUUUGGUUUAGACCCGCAUCUCGCCCUUUUCCCCAGAGCAGCCACGGUUCUCUCUGGGGUGCGCAUACAAAGUACGACUCCUUCUGUUUUCGCCACCAAGGGUCAAGCCGCGAUGGCUCCCACUAUGUUCAGAAAGCUUGGUGUCCUUGCUACCGUCUUCUUAGACCUGAGUCAAGUCGUCUCGGCGAGUUCAGUAUCUGGUUCUGCGAUCAAGCGAGAAGCGCCGCUCUUUGAAUGGGAGGCUGUCCACCUUGGACGAUCGAGGCUCGACGCUCUCGAAGCCACCGACAAGGCCAAGCGUGCAAGUGGCUCGGGGGACUGCAAAGUCUAUCCGGGAGAUGUCGAUUAUCCAAGCCAGGAGGCUUGGGAUCAGUUAGACUCCAUUACGGGUGGUGCUUUGAUCAAGACUGUACCCCUGGCUGCCGCUUGCGAUCCUGAAUGGCCGCAGUAUGACCCAGUCGAGUGCCAAAGGAUUGGGGACGCGUGGAUGAAUCCCAACCUACACGUCUCACAUCCAACCUCGCCCAUCUGGCCACUCUACCAAGGCCUCACCUGCCUACCGACUGAACGCAGCAUCGGGAAUGACAAUUGCACCCUCGGCGGGUAUGCCUCAUACUCGGUCAACGUCAGCAGCGUGGAGCACAUUCAGCUGGCUAUGAAAUUUGCGCGCGACACCAACGUGCGUUUCGUGAUCAAGAACACGGGGCACGACUUUGCUGCAAAGUCUAUGGGGGCGGGUGCCUUGUCCAUCUGGACGCACAACCUGGAUGAUAUUGUUUUUAUCAAGGACUACGACUAUGGUGAUUAUCAGGGGCCGGCCUUCAAGCUCGGUGCUGGCGUCAUGGUGUACCAGAUCUACGAAGCAGCCGAGAAGGAGGGGGUUUCGGUAGUUGGUGGGCUGUGCUGGACCGUCGGAGUCGCAGGUGGCUACACCGCUGGAGGUGGACACUCCAUGUUGACCAGCAUGUACGGGAUGGGAGCAGACCAGGUGCUCUCCAUGGAGGUGGUCCUACCCAACGGCACAUUCACCACCGCCAGCCAGACCCAAAAUCCCGAGCUUUUCUGGGCCCUCCGUGGUGGCGGCGGAGGUACCUUUGGCGUGGUGACAUCCAUCAUUGUCGUCGCCCAUCCAAAACUGACCACGACCACAAUGACCCUUGCCCUCUCCACCGGCCCAGAUCUCCCACGCGACACCUUUUGGGCCGGCAUCAAAGCCUUCAUGUCACACUAUGUCACCUUGGCCGACGCAGGAACCAUGAGCUACUUCUUCAUGACCAAAGACCCAACCACCGCCGUCACCUCCUUCAUCCUCCAACCCCUCUGGGGCGCCAACCACACCCGCGCCCAGCUCGAAGCCCUCGUCGAGCCGUGGCUCGCCGACCUCGCCGACCUCAACAUCACCGCGACGCCCAACAUCACCGAGUUCCCCAGCGUCCACACGGCCUGGGUGGCAAACUUCCCGCUCGACGAAGUCGCCCGCCCCGACGGCCACGCCGGGUCGCGGCUCCUCCCGCGCGCCAACUUUGCCGACGCGGACAAGCUCGACGCCACCGCGGCGGCGGUGCGGCACGCCGUCGAGUCGGGCGCCUUUUUGGUCGGCUACAACAUCAAGGUCGGCGGCGCGUCCGUCGCCGGCCCCAACGCCGUCAACCCGGCCUACCGCGCCGCGUACGGCUUUUUUAUUCUGGGAACCAGCUGGGCGGGCGAGGGGGACGAGUUCUGGGAGGCCAACGCCCGCGCCAGCGAGGUGCUCACGACGGAUUGGGUUCAGGGUCUGAGGGACGCCAGUCCCGGGUCCGGGGCGUAUCUCAGCGAGAGCGACAUCAACGAGCCGGACUGGCAGGAUUCGUUUUGGGGUGAGAAUUAUGGGAGGCUGCUGAAGCUGAAGAAGGAGCUGGAUCCGGAUGGGCUGUUCUACGUCCCGCAGGGCGUUGGAUCCGAGGAGUGGACUGUCACGGGCCAGAGGGAGUGGGUUCCUACGCAGAACGGGAGGCUUUGUCGAGUGUGA